UCUCGGCCUAGUUCUUUCAGGGAGAUCAGCGAAUAUCCAUGACGAAUACGGAGACCAUGAAAAAUCCUAAGCUAAUUCCGAUCAAUGGAAAGGUACAUAAAAAGGUCGAUUCAGAUUUACUGGGAAAAGCAGUCGCCGCGCUAGUCACGCAUCAUCAAAAGAAGGUUGACGAAUCGGAAAAGCUCUCGUUGAUGGGAAACGACACGAUAGUCCAAGUACAGAUUGGCUUGGAGCUCGCGCCAGUUCGACCUUCUCCCAAGCCUAUUCGUGUGAUGAUUCCUCAUCCAAUUUUCCAGGUCGGUCAAGAAAACUCUGACGAUGACAGUCUGGAAGAACCCGAGAUAUGUUUGAUAGUAAAGGAGGAGUCCAAGUUAUGGGUGCAGGACAUGAUUCGUACUCACUCCGAACACAUGAAGCACGUGAAAAAAGUUUUGGGUCUUGAAUCUUUGCGUAAGAAGCAUGCCCAAUUCAGCCAACGCCGUGAGUUGCUUUCAAAAUAUAAUGUGUUCAUGGCUGACGACCGUAUUUUGCCUAUGCUUACGAAGGCACUUGGCAAGGAAUUUUUUAAGGCUAAGAAGCUGCCGAUUCCAGUUCGACUGACUAGAAAGGAAGCGUUACCAUUUGCUAUUCGCAAUGCGCUGAAUGCAACGUACAUGUCGCUUUCGGAGGGCACGUGUAUAACUGUAAAAGCCGGUAGCACGGCUAUGAGUUCCAGUAAAUUGGUUCAAAACAUUGAAGCUAUUACGGAAAAUGCGGUGGCAAAUCUUCCUCGCAAAUGGGCCAACAUUCGAUCUAUUUCUAUCAAGACUCCGAAUAGCGUCGCCCUUCCUGUGUAC